CUCUCUCCUCCUCACAGUUAAGUUCCUCCUCACAGCUCCUCUCUUUCAUUUUCUUCGUUUCAUAGAGAGAGAAAGCUUCAUCUCCAUCAUCUAUCUAUCUCCAAUCCAUCAUUGACAUUGGUUCUCAAUUUCUCUCCUAAUUAAGAAAAACAAUUCACACAGCAUUUUCCUCAGAUUUCCAAUUCCAAACCAAUGGAGAACUCAGCAGAUCCUCCUCCUCCACCACCGAAGCUCUCCGAUCCAAUUCAUCCACAUCCAAUUCCAAAUGCCGAUCCCGUUCCUGCUUCUUCCUUCCACCGCCGAUCUCGCUCCGACGACAUGUCUAUGUUCAUGUUCAUGGAUCCGCUCUCCUCCGGCGCACCUCCUUCCUCCGACGACCUUCCUUCUGACGACGAUCUCUUCUCAUCCUUCAUCGACGUCGAUAGCCUCACCUCUAAUCCCAAUCCGUUUCCAAAUCCUUCUCUCUCUUCCAACUCCGUUUCCGGCGCUAUUAAUCCUCCUCCGCCCUCUUCUCGUCCUCGUCACCGUCACAGCAAUUCCGUUGACGCUGGAUGCGCUAUGUAUGCUGGUGAAAUCAUGGACGCUAAGAAAGCUAUGCCUCCUGAAAAGCUCUCCGAGCUUUGGAACAUCGAUCCCAAACGCGCCAAAAGGAUUUUAGCGAAUCGUCAAUCUGCAGCUAGAUCAAAGGAGAGAAAAGCUCGAUACAUUCAAGAACUUGAGCGUAAGGUUCAAUCGCUUCAAACCGAAGCCACCACUCUCUCUGCUCAGCUCACUCUCUACCAGAGAGACACAAAUGGACUAGCAAACGAGAACACAGAGCUGAAACUCAGGUUACAAGCAAUGGAGCAACAAGCUCAGCUUCGUAAUGCACUAAACGAAGCUUUGAGGAAAGAAGUUGAAAGGAUGAAGAUGGAGACAGGAGAAAUCUCUGGGAAUUCAGAUUCGUUUGAUAUGGGUAUGCAGCAGAUUCAGUAUUCUUCUUCAACGUUCAUGGCCAUUCCACCAUACCAUGGCUCAAUGAACGGUCAGGAUAUGCAGAUGCAUACUAGUUUCAAUCCAAUGGAGAUGUCGAAUUCUCAAAGCGUAUCGGAGUUUCUACAGAACGGCCGAUUGCAGGGGCUAGAGAUAAGUAGCAAUAGCUCAAGCUUAGUCAAAUCUGAAGGACCUUCGCUAUCUGCUAGUGAGAGUAGCUCUGCGUAUUGACAACAAGGAUUAUGUUGGUGGCUGAAAUCAUCUGUUAAUAGAUUUUUUCCAAUUCAUUUGAUUCACUUUUCAUUAUUUAUUAUUCCUUUUUUUUUGGUUUUGUUGAGAUGCCAAUGUGCAAGAAAGGACGUAUAAAAUUGUGUUGGUCAAAAUUGUUGUUGAUUGUGGGUUUUAAUGUUUGAUACUCUCCAAUUGUUUGUUCUUCAAGGAACAAAACAACGAGACUAAUAAAUUUUAAUUAUUUGUGUA